AUUUUAUAUAUGGUAUAUAUCAUGUCACAUUUUAGGUUUUAUUUUGUAAAGCUACAACAUACUAAAAUGCUUUGCUCCUGUAUCUGUACACAGUCUUACACAUAUAAUUGGUGUAACAUAACAUGUGCAUGCGGAGCUGAACUUGUCACACCUCGGCCCAAGAACCCAAGAAGAGAUAGGGAAGUUUAUCAGCACCCCCGCAGGAAGAAGCUCCUUCUCUUUCAUAUCUUACCUUCAAUAAUCGUUAUCUGUUGCAGUAUCUACCUGUUUUUUGACAUUUUAAAAGCAUCAAUUGAUCCCAGAGACUACGUAACUGCGUCGUCAGUCAAAAUCUUCCUUGAUAUUCCCUUGCUCUAGGGAAGCCAUUUCUCAGACUUUUGGAAGUAACCUCGGUAGUAAGGGUCUCAAGCUCAAAAUGUUUAUUCAGGUUGAAGAAAAUGGGAAUUCUACUGUGAGACGCCCAUUUGACUCCUUUUCACUAAUAUUGGGAUAAAGCAACGGCUAAUCUUGAUUGCAUUCAUACCUAGUAUGGAAAUGUAGUUCGGAAAGAUUAUGAAACUCAAGAAUAUACUUACUAUCCCAUUGUUAUUAUUGGUGCUGGUGAAUCUGGGAUUGCUAUGGGAUGCCGUUUGAAGGAAGUCCUAGGUUUUGAUCAGUUUCGCAUCUUUGAUAGACAGUCCGGAAUUGGAGGUACAUGGUGGAUUAAUCGAUACCCUGGUGUUGCUUGUGAUAUGUGAGUUCCUCGUUGAACUCAAUUACAUUCGGCAUGGGCUCAAGCUGACCCUACCUAUUUGACAGACCUUCAACCUUCUAUUCUUUCUCAUUCUGCCCUAAAUAUGACUGGUCAUGUUUUUAUCCAGGAGGCGCAGAGAUGGCCAAAUAUCUUCAGGCUGUUUGCGAAAAGUAUGAGAUAGUGGAUAAGAUACAAAUCAAUACAGAUGCCAAAGAAGCACGCUGGCUUGAAUCUGAACAAGUUUGGGAAGUAACAUUACAACACUUAAUGGUUGGUGCUGGAGACUUAAGUGAAGAAGAUCGGAUUCUCAAAGUCAAAGAGCAAGGCCAUAGCGCUGUAUACACCUAUGAAGAGAAGAUUCGAUGCAAAAUCCUGAUAAGUGCUGUUGGUGGUCUCGUCCAACCAAAACUUUGGCCCGAAAGUAUCCCCGGAAAAGAUCUUUUUAAAGGAGAAAUCUUUCACUCAGCUCGUUGGCGAUAUGAUAUCGACCUCAAGGACAAGAAUGUGGUAGUCAUUGGAACAGGAUGCAGUGCAGCACAAUUUGUACCGAAACUUGUGACGGAGUAUGGUGUGAAGUCCGUUACCCAGCUGAUGCAAUCUCCACCAUGGGUUCAACCAAAAAUCGUGCCGCCGCUGGGAGACGAAACAUGGAGUAAAUGGUCACCAACACUAAAUACUUACAUACCUGGUUUUAACAAACUCCUGCGUCAUACAUUAGGUGCGGUGGCUGAAUAUGAUUUCAGAUUAUUUCGACCUGGUUCUUUUGCUGAAAAGGAACGUAGAAAGAUGGAGGCUAAGUGUUUAACUCACUUGAAAAGCAAUGCUCCUGAGAAGUAUCACGAGAUCUUGACACCAAACUAUGGAAUUGGUUGUAAGAGAAGAAUCUUGGAUGCGAACUGGUACUCAUGCCUAAACGAUCCGAAAGUCAAUCUGACAACUCUUCCGCUGAAGAGUAUUGGAGAGGAUACUGUGACUUUAGGGCCUGGUCGUAACUAUCCACCCGAAGAUGUUACAAGCUCUGCUCCAACAAACAAAAUCACUAUUCCUGCUGAUAUCAUCGUUCUUGCCAACGGGUUCCAAACAACGAAAUGGUUUCAUCCACUGAAUGUCUAUGGUAAGGAAGGGCAAACAUUACAGGACGUGUUUGAACGACGAGGUGGUCCUCAAAUGUACAUGGGAACUGCCAUGGAUGGAUUUCCGAACUUCUUCACCUUGGUUGGUCCGAACUGCUUCACUGGCCAUACAUCCGUUGUUUAUACUUCGGAAAGUAUGGUAAUUCAAGCACUUAACUUUAUCAAGCCUUUACUCAACGGUGAUGCUACCAUAGUAGAGGUGAAAAAGGAAGCCGAAAUGAAAUGGACCAGUCAAAUCCAGUCUGCGUUGAAGAAGACGGUGUGGGCAGACAGUCGUGCGAAAAAUUGGUACCGCCGCGAGGACGGUUGGAAUUCGAAUACUUACCCGUAUGCCACUCUUCUUUAUCCCUAACCCUGUCCUUGAAAUUAAUCAACUGCAGAUAUACCCAACUCGAUUAUUUCUACCGCUGUUCCUUUCCAACUUGGAGACACUGGAACAUAACAUAUACACGAAAGGGCCUAUUGAAGAAUUGGGUGAAAAGGACAUUUGUUCUCCUAGCUUGCACAGUAGCAUUUGCCGAAGUGUAUAGUAAGAGAACGACUGGCGGUGGAUUGGGUGCAAGUGAAGUUUUACGCAAAUGGUUCAAAAAGGGCCUCCUAGCAACAGCAUCUAUUUUGACAAAGAUAGGCACAAGUUUACGGUAGUGAGCCGUAACGAAGUCUCUUACAACAUAACAUGCAAGUCGUUAUUUGGGAUUGCGUAGCCCGUAUACGUAUAUGAAGUUUGGUUACAUGAAGAUGAGCUAAGUACAUCAACUUGACCGUGAUUGCGCAUAACUCGAUGAAAUGAAAUGCUAGAUUCUUAUAUUCACACUGCCGCAACGCCGUAUCAAGCACUCUCCUAUUAUUUUCGCAUUGUCAAUUCUAUUCUGUCGCCUUCUGUAUCACCGUGGCUAGUCAAAUUUGGUGCCAGGGCCUAUAGCUAUCCU